AUGUUGACAUGCAAUAAAUCUGGAGACAGGAUGGUUGUUGAUGCACCGAACUCAAACGGGCCGUUUCAGCCGGUGGCUCUAAUGCACUUCAGAGGUACGUACGGACGAGUUAUUCUUCCUGUAUUGUCCUGAGGGAUUGAACAGAGAGAGAGAGAGAGAGAGCUGUGCUGCUGUGCUCCUGUUCCCCUCCACUGGUUAGUCAGCAUUCAGGCCUUUUGAGAUAACAUCUUCGUGUCUGUGUGCUCCGGGUAAAGCUCGGUUUGGUCUGAAAGGCAGCAGGGGUUUGGUUAGACGUGAAGGCUCAUGCGCGCAACUGUGAGACUCGAGAGCUACAUAAAAAUCUGGUUUUACUAGCUAGCUGCUCUCUCUGCCCAUCCCCCCGCCAAGCUAGUGAUGUCAAAGGAAGUGAGGUCAUAGCCCAGGGAAGGGUCUUUUCCUUAGUUUUAUCAUAUUUACGCGUUUUCUAUUGGAUUUGUGCGUAAAUGGAGACAUAAAAAGCUGAAGCCGGAUCAAAUGGUGCGUCCUCAAGCCUCUCCACGGAGCCGGGCAUCUUUGUCUCACUCCAGCUGAUCUGGGCUCACAUUGGUCAUAGUGUGUAGGCUGGAGACAGAUUCAGCCCCCCUUGUGUGUCUCUCCUCCAGCCUUCUUGAUGGUUAUCACUCAUGUUUAGCUACCUGGGAAUCUUCCUCAUGGAACCUAAACACAAGAAACCAAAUUUGUCAACAAAGCAGUGCAGUCAGCAGCAGCAGCAAUGUUCAGGAGCCGGCCCUUUAAUGUGUGUACAAUGUACUCAGUCAUGUUUGAAAGGCCCAGCCUGUUCCCACUGUACUCGGGUGCAGCCCAGCGUUAGAUGAAGCCUCAGGCAAUUAUUGAUCACUCUCUAUUGAGCCACAGAGGAGACUGCCUUGAAUGACAACUCAGUGAUGAGGAACAAUCAGACUCUCUCUGCCUCGUUCUCUUUCCUCGCUUUGUGCUUCUCCGUCUUUCCAACUCCAUUCAGACCCAGUGUCUUGUAUCGAGCCAGAUUGCGACUAAGUUGAUGUUACAAUUUGACAAGCAACGAUCUAGAGAGGAGAAAACAACUCGACUAAGUGCCACAGACUGUUUCAAGGCCUUACAGUGCUAGAGGCGAUGCACAGGGGUGGUCAUAAGCAGGUUGUUAAUAUCAUCAUUGAGCAAAUAAUCAUCAUCAUGAAACCUCAAAAUUAUCAUAAUCAUCAAUGCUGUUGUCAUCAACAUCUGAAAUGCCAAACCACCAAGUGCUGAGUCGUUCACUGUGAGCUGGGUCUCAAACUUUUCAGGACAAGUACCAGGUCGUGAUCUUCAGCCCUGAUUUCUCUACUUUCUCAGACAGAUUAUCCCAGAAUAGUCCUCAAUAUACAAACACCAAUUUGUGCCUUUUUUGCCCUCCAUGAUAUUGUUUCUUUGAUAGCAGCAGAUUGAAUCAGAUGCUCAUUCUGCAUUUUAGUUGCUAGUCAUAACCCUACUAAUAAGCAAAGUAAAACACUUCUAAAUAGUACUGAUCACACGGCAGCAGCCUCUUUACCAAAGUUAUGAAUGUGUCUUCAGUGUUGUAAUCAUGUAAACCUUUCACCUUUCAAGUCUGAUCUAUGAAUUCGACUAAUUUGAUGGAUCAGAAGGAUUUUCCCAGCCUUUAAGGACUUAAAUGAAUAAAAGUGGCCGAUCAACAAUACUUGGUAUCAGUCGAUGUUUACGUUGAUCAUAACAAGAGCAAUCACAGUCCCAACUCCAGAAUACUGUCUGUUUAUUCAAGCUAUUUACAGAGGAAAAAAAAACAGAAACUGCAGCUCCAAUGUGACUCUGGUUAUAUUUUUGUUAUCCAUGUGUUGAACAACGGGCGCUAAGAUAAAUCUUCCUCUGUUCUCUCCAAGACACGGCACUAGUGUGUGCACUUCAUCCUCCCAAGGCUUCUGUUUGUUACAUUGAUAGAGGUCACACUGUGGUUAACAUCAAUUUCGGGAUCACAACAGUGGGCCUUUAUCUGUUACACAACAAGCUGCUGGGUAUUUUCAGAGUGUACAGAAACUUUAUAACACAGGCAGACAGACUUAUGUAAUAGGAGCAAUGAAAGUCUGACACGGUCAGGGUGCGAGGCAUGGCAACACAUUCCAGUCCAGCUUCACGUCCCUGUGUAACCGGCACAGAUCACAAACUCUGUUACUGCACAAAGCUGAUGCCAGGGAGAGAGGGGACUCGGUAACAGAGCUAAGUUUGACUGUGGCAGUUCAAGUGGGCUCCUCCGGUCAUCACAGAGCUGCACAGGACUCACUCUGGAGCGUGCACUUCCAACGGAGACACUGUUUUCAUUCAUUUUGCCUGCAUGACGAGGAUGGUGAUGAUUCAAUGAAAAAAUAAAUACCCUUGAUAACCAGAUUUCUGAAGCCUUUGUUAGCUAUGACUGCUUCAGCACUGGGGCGCAUAUGUAGAUCUUUAUGUUUACAUAAAGAACAGGGGAUAAGGAGGCGUAUAAGGGUGUGCCAUCGUACAAUUUAGGAGGCUACGAUUCGAUUAUUUGAUGAAUAUUAUGAUUUUUGAUGCAUCUUUUGCCCCCGUACAGGAUUUCCUUUAAAAAAAGUAUAUUUGCCAGAAUCCAUUAAACAAAGUUAACAAAUCUGACAGACAGUCAGCUAUGAGUCUGUUCCUUAAAACUGUCCGGGCAGCCAACUUCUGGGUGCUGCUGUAGUGUUUCUGUAAUUUCACUAUCAUGGCCAGUGAUUGAUUUUUGAACAUUUGUUUAUCGUAAUAGAUCGUCAUGUGUCGCAUCAUAAUACAUCGAAUAAUGGGUGUAUUGGCUCACCCUUAGUUAAAUAGGUGUUAGAAUAAUUAUGAAAUAAAAUGAAUUCCCUGCUUCAUUUCUGAACUAAAGGGCCCUGUCAGCAUAUUCAAACCAUAGACUGUAUAUAUUAUGGACAACUUGGUUCCGCCUCCCGCCUGUAUACAGAUUUGAAGCCAAAAAGCUCUCAGUAUUUCCACGAUUUUUCUUCAUUUCCUGAAACCAGCGUUGCGCAGUAGCGAUGUGCGCAUUCGGCGGGAGAGUCACCGAGAGUCGCUGUGAUGACGCUUGGCUCAAAUAACGUAUCCCCCCGGGUGAGCUACGUAAUCCCUGGAUGCCAAUAGGCGGUAUCAGGUGUCAAUCAUAGAAAACAUGAACCCCCUAAUAACUUUUAAAAACAGAGCUUCACAGAAAAAAGAGGAUUUGAGCCCAAACCAGCCUGACAGUAGCUACAUGUCAACAUCACAAGCAGGGGGAAGAAAAAUUAUGUUCUGUGUAAUAAAUUUCUAAAGUUUGUCAACAGCUCCAUAAGCUUUGCUGGUGGAGGCAGGAUUUAUGACCUAUACUGCAGCCUGUCAACAGAGGGUGCUGUUCUCGGAGUGGCUUCACCCAGCGAGGAGGCAGACUGUCCAUUCUAUGAUUCAAACCUUAUCAGCAUGCCAGCACCUUGGUCCUUCACUUUUCUUCAAAUUUGACCCUUAAAAAUGGCAUCAAAUCAACCUGUCUUCUAUUAUAUUUUCAUGUGCUAAAAAAUAAGGAUGCAACAGAACAGUUGACAGGGGUUCUGUACCAUUUCAGUUUGAGUUGGUUGAUAAUUAUAAUUACAGUUUAUUAGGAGAGGAAAAAGACAAAUUUAUACUAUUAAGAAUAGGGGUGGGCAAAAAUAUCGAUAUGGCGAUAUAUCGCGAUACUUUGACUUCCGAUUCAAUAUCGAUAUUCAAAAUAUUAAUAUCGAUUUUUUGUUCAAAUAAUAAAUCAGGUUUCAGACGGGUUAACAAAUCCAGUACGACUUCCGCACCUCCGCUCCGCUAGGUGUCGCUGUACCGCUACCUCACUUCUUCUUCUCUUUUUUCCCCCGCCGGUUGCAGUGAGGAAGAGGAGCCGGGAAAAAAACAAUCAAGCAUGGCUGGUAACGUUAAACUAGAAACGCCCUCGAACUUUAAGGCAGAUGUUUGGAGAUACUUUGGAUUCCAAAGGAAAGGAGAAACACACAAUGAGCUGGACAAAGAGUACGCGCUUUGCAAACUCUGUGUCGCUCCCAUUAGAUAUUCGGGUAACACAACAAACUUGAGAACUCAUUUAGCAAGACACCACCCCGACAUAUUAGCUCAGCCGGAGCCACCGAAACCUUCCGAUCCAAAGCAAACUACACUGGACAUCGCCAAAGUCCUCCCAUCUACUCCAACCCGAGCCCGGGGGAUCACAGAGGCGAUGGUGCAUUUUCUUUGUAAAGAUUUGCGACCAUACAACGUUGUGGAAAACGUCGGCUUUCGGUGGAUGCUUCAUACUUUGGAGCCGCGCUAUGUGAUGCCGCAGCGUAAGUACAUGGCUAACGUAGCUGUGCCAAAAAUGUAUGACGAGGUGAAGGAGACAAUAAAAACAGUUCUUAGCUCUGCUCCGAGAGUCGCACUGUCCUGUGACGGUUGGACAUCACGAGCCACCGAGUCCUACAUUACAAUAACGGCGCACCACAUUAAUGCCGAAUGGGAGCUGGUAACACGUGUUGCAGACGAGAGCCAUGUACGAGAGCCACACUGGCAGCAACAUUGCAUAUUUUAUUUUUUACAUACAUUCAGUGAAGUGUUCAAACAGUGACACAGUUCUUGUCCAGGGAGACAACUGUGAAUUAAAUUUUGUCAUUUAAGGUCAAAGGCAAGAAGCUGCACUUUAUUUUGCAUUUUCAAUUUCAGUGUGUGUGAGACACUGCAUUUUAUUUUGAGUAUUUACUCUAAAUUCAGAAGAAACAUAAUCCACUGAGGUUUCAAUUCAGUUUCAGUAUGUGGACACUGACCCACACUGCAGUUUGUGUCAUAAUUGUGCUCAGGGAGACUAAGAAUAAUGCACACUGCACUUUUCAAUGUGUUUCAGACAGUGUGUUGUUCACGCAAAUAUGUUGUAACUUGCACUUACAAUAAAAUGGCAUCGAUCAUUUGAAUUACAUUGUUUUGACUGUUUGUCCCAUGAAUUAUCACUAUCAUCUGAUGUACAUACAACUGGGAUUUUAAGAUGCAUAAUGCCUUUUAAAUUUUUCAGUGAACUAUGUAGAAUAUCGCAAUAUAUCGCAAUAUAUCGCAAACAUUUGGAUAUCGCAAUAUCAUAUCGUAUCGUGACUCAAGUAUCGUGAUGCGUAUCGUAUCGUGAGGUCCUUGGCAAUACCCACCCCUAAUUAAGAAAUAUCCUGGCCUUAUUUAGGAUCUCUAUAAUGAAGGAUUUUUCAUUUUUUCUUGACAUGUAAAGAAUCAGUCCUUCGAAUGAGUGCCGAUCACACAAGAAAAAUCCCACUCCCAAAUAUAGCGCGUGUCUAGUUAAUCAAUGAUUUCACUAACAGUCACUUUAGAGGGAACUCUAAUUCGUUAAAACUUAUCAAAGUGAAACUGAAAACACUGUACUCCAAAGUGCAUAAAGAACCACAGAUGAUGUAUCAACAUUAUAUUAAGAAACUGUGACACUUGAGACACAGAAGUCUUAGAAAUACUCCUGUCAUGUGUUUAUAUCUAGCAACAGACUUUUGACAAACGUAUUACAUAAAGCUUUGGAUACAUUAGUCAUGCAUUUACAGCACUUUGAGAUUCAGGUGCACAAGCUAGCUGUGAGCUACCCUCAGGCUACUGUGUGAAUAACUUCUAAGUGAAGCAGAUUUUUCUGCUAUUCAGGAUUUAGAUGAGUUACAAACAAGAGUUGGGUACAAAAUAACAAACCAUGCUCAUUAGCCAAAAGAAAAUUAUAGUUAGUCAUCGUAGUCAUAUCGUGGGAGUCUAAGGGACCGUCCCUGUGUUGUCAAAUCUCUGUAAACGGACGAUAACGGCUGCUGACACACAAACCUCGCUCCCUGGAAUCCCCAACCUCCCACUGUCAUCAAGACAAAUUGGCCAACUUGAAACUGACACUGCAGAUGUGUGUUAGUGUGUGUGUGUAAAGUUGUGAGCCAAGUCUCCAUUAUGUCUGAAUAGGAUAUCUCUCUUCUUACCUCGAAUCUGCUUGUUUGCAGGACUGUUGAGCACCUGUGUGUGUGCGUGCGUGCGUGUGUGUGUGCUCCUCUCUGGCCUCUUGUCGCUCCUUGUCUCCAUCCUUUACGUUGAGGACACCAGGGAGGACGCGGUUUAGCCUCCUCUUAUUCUUGCUCUGUUUUCCCUGUAUUAUACACCUCCAUGACUUAAUAAGAGGGAUAAUUAUGCCAUUUUGCAGAUUUACUCAUUAGUUUCAAAUUGAGCUGAAUUAAAAGCAGCAGAGAAUCCCAUUAAUUCAUCUCAGAAUUAAUUGUGUUUUUAUUCAUUCUGUAUCCGUGCAGCACAUAUGCAGUGGUCUGACAGCCUCGAAUUGUUACUUGAACGCCCCUUUUCCUUAAUUGAACCUUGCUCCAAAUUAAUUAAUCAUCAUUUGUCUCAAGAUCUCUUCCUCCUCUCAUUAAUUGCAAGUGUGUAGCCCGAGGGUUAUAGCACUCACAGUAGAGUGUGUAGAGUGGGAAUAGGAAUUACAUCCAUUGUACCCCUCAGAUGUGUACGCCAUGUGUCUGAUCUUAUUCAAACCAGCACCGCGGACUUUGUGUGCAGACAUCCUCAGCGUGCACCCAUUGUUAACGCCACACCCUUUUAACUGAUGAGUAAUUAUGGGGUACGGAAACGCAGCUUUUAUUGACGUUUCUAAACACAGUACAUGCUGUGAGUAUGUUCCUCACCUCAUUUCCCACUGUGAGAUUUUAACCGUCAAUGUCUCUGUACUGCUUAUGAUUCAUGUUAGUGCAUAAGUGUUUAUUCACUCUGCAGCGAAUCCUGAUGUAAAGCUGCUGUAGGUGUCACAUGCUGCAUGUUGGUAGUGAUUGUAACAUAAAAACCACAAUUAAGAAAAGCAGAGCAAACUAGCUAAACUGAAUCCUUGGGUUUUAUUUGCGCAUGUGAAGUCGCUGUGAAACCAGAUGAGAGUAUCUCGAUGUGGCAGAGAGCUCUUAUCAGUGCUGAACCCGUGUCUGCCAGUUAAAUCAACACACCUGAGUGAGUCUGAAAUGUGUUGACAUAAUAAAUGUUCCUGUUUUAUUACGACUGCAGCUGAGAUAUCAAUCUUAAACCAUUCUGUUGGUAUAUUGAAAAGGGGCCUCAUUUGCAUUUUAAUACAAAACGCAUACCUGAUUGAGCUACAUCACUAGAGGCGAGAGCAGCUACAGAGUUUGCAUCACUAGUCCUGUUUAAAUAGUUUGGAUUCACUCAGUUGGCUCGUUCAUUGGCUUGUAAACUCAGCCUACCAUCAAAGGUAGAAUUAGGGGUUCAGUUUGAUCAAUUCUGGUUUGGAUUUGUAAAAAAAAAAAAAGGAAUAUUUCACUAAAAAAUGACAAGUCUACCUUUGUUGUUUGGAUAUUUAGGCUCUCACAGGUAUUAGAGAUGCACCGAUCCAUUUUUACCAAUACCUUGGCUGAGCGUAUUGGCUGAUACCACUCCAAUACUACUGUUGAAUGAAUGAACUGUAUACCUUGCCCUGUGAGUGAAGGCAUCAGGCUUGACAUUAGCCUUUUUAAAAAAAAGGCAAUAAAUGAACACAGAUCUACUUAAUAUUAUUUAUUAACAAAUAACAAAUUGCAUGUUAGCAAACAGCAAAAAGAAGUACGAUUUUCAUGUAGUAAAAGAAAAAUUAUUCAAAGAAUAAUAAAAAGAUUGCAUCGGUGCAUCCCUAACAGGUAUACCAAUAACCAGGACAUGGAUUUUUCUUUAUGAAUUGAACUGCUCAUUAGAGAUUGAUGUUGCUGUUUAGAAUCAAAAAACCUACACUAAAGUUUAUCAAAUCCAUGAAUUCAGAAGCUUGGAACUGGUCUAAAUUGGAGCUGGUCCCUGAUACCCAAGCCUAAUCAGGGGAUGCUGUUUUAGCACUUUUAACACCCUCUAACCCAGAAGUCUGAGGGUCAGAAAACAGUCAAACAAAUGUGAUUUUUACACGGCUGAACACAAGAUCAACACAAGCAGGUGAAUGAUGUCGGAUUGCCAAGUGUGGCUAAAGGUGGCAGAGCUAGCACAACCAGCCUUUGGUCCUCCUGGCAGGUUUACAUGCCUGUGUGCUGGCUGAGCUUUUCCAAUGUUAAGUGAUUAUUGUAGAGCCAGUUUAACCAGAUACAACCUACAUACAACAUUAUGAAUGUAGAACUGUGCCAUGCAGCAGGAUGCCAUCUGUCAUCUGUACAUGUUAACAUCUGGGUAGUGGGGCACUAUAAUGGUGUUACUGAAGGAGCUAUUAACUAGUGCUGCUGUUCUGGCUACCACUAUCAUGCCUACUAUCAUAAAUGCUGAAUUUUUUCAUCUAACUCACACAAGUAAAAGUCAUGUAUUGUAUAGAUGUUUAUUGCUGAGUAAGAUGGUGGAUCAAACAUAACAAACAAUCACUGUUAAAAAAAAAACAACAAAAACAAGCUACACAGCAGUCUGUGCCUCAUAACUCCAUAAUCACAGUGUCACUGUGUGUUGUUGUUGUUUCACCACAUCAGCAGGUAGGAAUCUGGAGUCACACUAAUGGUUAUUUCCUCUUUGUGUUGUCAUGUGUGAAGCCUCGACUCCAGCAUAGAUUGUUUGUUUACAAACUCGUGCUCGUGUGUGCUUGGGUGGAAAUGAAGCGAAACAGGAACUCCUCAAACCGCCGUGGACAAAUAUAAUGACAGACUCGAAUAGUUUGGUUUCCUUUAUGAAAAUCUCUUUUUUUUUUUUUUAUCCCUCUCUCUCUCUCUCUCUCUCUCACACAGCGCGAGUGUCAAAUGGCUUGACUGUGACUGUUCACCUUCUACCCAAAUCCUCCAUCCUCUUCUCCCUCUCCUCUUAGUCUUCGCUCCUCAGCUCUAAUCUGGGCUUCAACCAUCUCAGCCUCUCUCCCAGUGCACUUUAAACUUUGUGACUCAUUUGCCGGUCUUCAUCGCUCCCCUGCUGCCUCGUUUUUCCUCUGUCAUUUGCUGUUUUAACUGACAUCCUUGACAGCCCUCACUCUUUGAACAUGGCUCCAUUGUCCUACAUUCGCCACCGCUCUAUUUCAUCCCCGCUUUGCUGCCUCUCUUUUCACCCGUCCCUCAGCUCUCUCCUCUGCUUCACCCAAUUCACUUCACUCCAAUUUGUUUCCUCAGAUGUGGCCCCUGCAGAGCAGGAGAAGCUCUUCAUCCAGAAGCUACGGCAGUGCUGUGUCCUUUUCGACUUCCUGUCUGACCCACUGAGCGACCUGAAAUGGAAGGAGGUGAAGCGAGCGGCGCUAAGCGAGAUGGUGGAGUACAUCACCCACAACAGGAAUGUCAUCACAGAGCCUAUCUACCCAGAGGUGGUGCACAUGGUCAGUAGAUGUGUGAGGUGUUUGAGGUUGACGCUGACAAUGAGGGCUGAAAAUAGCGGGUUUGAGUCUCAGCUGAUGUUUGCGAUCAGAUUUUAAUGAGGCUUUUUUUUUUCCAAGGGCAGAGGAGCUGAUUUCAAGGAGGUGUUAACCAAAGACGAUCUAUUUAGUCACUUAUUUUUAACACCUCCUGAUGUCUUUCAAACAUUUGUGCAAGAAAAACGGGGAGGGGACAAAACCAUUAAAAUUUUAUGUUCGUGAUGAUUCCUUGAGGUUACAGGAGAAAAUAGCUUUUUAAUUUUUGCUACUGAGCGUUAGCAAAAGGGAAUGAAAGGAAAGCAAAGUUGUUGUGGCAUCAAAUGUCCUGGUAUUUGACUUGUCAGAAGCAAAAUGGUAUAAAAAUUGUUGUAUUUGAUUAAAUGUAAAUAUAAAUCAGCAAUUUAAAAAAACGGUUACACUUUACUCGACGCCUUUCUCUAUCAGGCAUUAUAAAUAUAUGUAUAAUGCGUUAUACUCAUGUUAAAGCACUGUAUAACUAUAGUUGAAUAUUCAUAAAUGGUCAUAUUGCUUUAUAGCAAUAAUCAUAACACGAUAUACAAGGUCAGGUAUUAUAAUGUGUUAUGCUUAUUGUUAUAAAGCCUUAUGAUAAUUAAUUAGUGUUUAUAAUGAUAGUUAUACAAGUUUAUAAGCAAAUUAUAACACAUCAUAAAUAUAUGUAUAAUGCAUUAUCUAUGUGGGCAUUGUCAGUGAGUUGUUAACAGUUAUAACACAUUAUAAUAGCUGACCUUGUAAGUCAUGAUAAAAUGAUUUAUAAUGUGUUAUGAUUAUUGCUAUAAAGUAUUAUGAUGAUUUAUGAGUGUUUAUAACUAUAGUUAUACAGUGCUAUAACGUGAUUAUAACACAUUAUACAUGUAUUUAUAAUGUGUUAUAGAGAUGGGCGUCAAGUAAAGUGUUAGCAAAAAAAACACAUCAGUAAACAUUAUGAAAAUACUGUACUCUCACAAGACCCAUUCCCCCUCCCUUAUGUAAAGCUGUUCUCUCUUGGCCAUCAAAGCCAGCGAGAGACUAACAUGCAUAUUGGUGGUGACGACCCUACCUUUUAAAGGCCCUAUUGUGGAUCUAACUCAAAGUCCUCCUCACAGCAUGUUCAGCACACCACAGACCAUCUACCUUAUAGCCCGUCUUUUCAAACAAGGCUCCCUGUGUUUUAGUAGGCCACCUGCACUGUCCCAUGAUCUGCCUGGCAGGGAACAGAAGCCCACAGGGGAGUCAGUUGACACUUAGAAAGACCAGAAACACAGCACACUUGGAUUAUUAUGGACCAAACCCUCGGAGGCCAGUCGCAAGGACAAAGUUGACAUUAACCUUCAAAAAAAAAAGUUAUUUUGGAAUAUGGAAGAGAGGAUAUCUUAGAGGCUAAUAACAAACAUUAAGUUUUUAAAAGUACAAUGAUUUAUUUUUCUGUCUUUGGAAAUCAGGAGUUCACAGAAGAUUGAAAAGUAAAUAAUGAAAUCUGACACUUUGGGGUGAUAAUGACAUAUGAUCAAGCUUUUGAAUCAAAGAGCUGAUUUAUAAUUACGCUUAUAGAAAAGUUAAUGUGCUUCAGGCUGUGUGGAAACUUUGUCUCAAGCACAUGGCCACAGUAGGUCUACUUUAUCUGGGAUUUCAUGGAUGUUUUGAAACUUAACUGUGAGAAAGCAAACUACAAGAAAUUUAAAAGUCUUUUUUUAAGUAUGGGGAGACUCUGAACAUUUGAAAUGAAAAUCUGUUGAUGUGGCUCUACUGUUGAUUCACCAAGUCAAGUACCAGUUGUGUGUUUUUCAAACCUGUAACCUGGGCUGGUUCGAGCAGCUGGCAUUUGUAUGGUCCCAUCAGGGUUACUGAGACAAAAGAAGGAGGUUAAUUUAAUAAAAGAGCAGAGCGCUUGUGUAAUCGGCAUUAACGGUGUCGUUUUCAUGCCUCCUCCCGCAGUUUGCCGUGAACAUGUUCAGAACAUUGCCUCCAUCAUCCAACCCUACUGGAGCGGAGUUUGAUCCGGAGGAAGACGAGCCGACGCUUGAAGCUGCAUGGCCACACCUCCAGGUCGGCUUUUCAAUCACAGAAUUUUCUGUGUCUAUGAAAGUUUGUUCAACCUUGAAGAAAAUCCCUCAAUAUGGACACUUAAAUACAGAAAAGAAAACAAGAAAGCUUUUGCACUGUUCUGGCUACAGUUCUUAUUCAGGGUAUUCACAGGGUCUUAAAAAGUCCUAAAAUAAAAUGUCUUUAAAAAUGCGAUUUUGAAAGGUCUUAAAAAUGAAUUAACUCUACUGAAAAAUAAAUUGAUUGAUUUAAAGCAAUACAAAUUCUUCUGCUUUCCCUUAAUGUCUGAUAAAUGGAUGAUAAAUGGGUCUUAAAUUUUAAUCAGUCUAUAAACAGUCUUAAUUUUGACUUGUUGAAACCUGCAGAGACCCUGUAAUCCAUUCGUCUACAUCAUGGAGAAAUCCUAAAGGCUAAACUGAGAAGCACACAUCUCUUUCGUCUCUCCUCAGGGCUGAGUCAGGACUUUCAUGCAGUCUUUACUUGGCCAACACAGUAGAUUUAGAUGUCUGUAUUUGAUCAGAUUCCUUCCCUGCAUUCACUCUCGUUGUUGUUUUCUUCUCCUUUUUUUUGCAGCUUGUCUACGAGUUUUUUCUUAGGUUUUUAGAAUCCCCAGAUUUCCAGCCCAACAUAGCCAAGAAAUACAUCGAUCAGAAGUUUGUUUUGCAGGUAAGCGAAGGAAAACCUCUCGAAUCAACAGAAUGAAAAGAUGACGUUUGUCAUUUCACCGCUCUUUUGUCUGCACAGCUCCUAGAACUAUUCGACAGUGAGGAUCCCAGAGAGAGAGACUUUCUAAAAACUACCCUCCACAGGAUCUAUGGAAAGUUCCUGGGGCUCAGAGCGUACAUCAGAAAACAGAUUAAUAACAUUUUCUAUAGGUGAGAGCAACCUUUGCCAGUUUUUGCCUGUUAAAGAUUUGCUGAGCCAGUAUAUAAAAAGGAUUCACGUCCCUCUGUUUGUUUGCAGGUUUAUCUAUGAGACAGAGCACCAUAAUGGUAUAGCUGAACUACUGGAAAUACUUGGAAGGUAUGGCAUUAGCAGUCAGAAACAGUCACUGCUUUUAAAUUACGUCUUUAAAACUCUUUUCUUUAUAGACUUGCUUUUAUGUGAUUUUGUCUUCUUUAAAACCUUUUACUCUUCUUAUUCAUGUUUUAUGAUAGUCCCCUUGGUCUCAGGUUUUUGUGGUUGGGCUCCUGUGUUGGCCGGGUAUCACUGGUUCUUAAAAUGUCUUUGAAUGUCUUCGUUCAAUGAUGUCUCAGCUCAUGUGACACUCAUCAAAGCUUUGAUGUCUUCCAUUGAUAUUUAUUUUAUUUCUUUAUUGCCACUAAUGUGACAUUAGGACAUGUAGUCUGAGUUUUAUUCUUGUUGAGGCUCUUUCCCUUAAGUGUUCUCUUGUUGUUGUUUUUAUCCUCUUUGUUAAACUCUUGCUUUUAAAAGUGCUAUAAAAGUAAAGUUAUUAUUAUUAUUAGACUAGCAAGUCAUGAAACAACCGUGCCCGUAUCAAACUGAAGUGAAUGCAUAUGCCUCUAUGGUGAAUCACCACACACUAUAGUUUGAGCUUCUCUAACAGGACUUCUUUUUUUCUUUAUCUUACAGCAUAAUCAAUGGGUUUGCCUUACCACUAAAAGAAGAGCACAAGAUUUUCCUGUUGAAGGUUUUAUUGCCUCUGCACAAAGUCAAAUCACUCAGUGUCUACCAUCCACAGGUAUGUUUGCUGAAGCAUGAGCAGCAUAAUUUGUUUGUGGUGCAGGAAUAAACUUAUAUGUAUUCAAAUGUUCAUGCCCAAACCUGUCAGGAGUACACUCCUCUGCUUUACGUGAGAGCAGCAGGUCAUUCUGCAGGUUUUGUUGAGAACUGGCAUUACAUGUUCCAGCCAGUCGGCCCCUCAGGCAUGUCACGUCCCUCACCUUUAAUCCGCCGGUGCGUAAAUUAAAAUACUUUUGACAGUUUAAUGAUUGUGUUUGUUUAUGUGUUUUGCAGCUGGCCUACUGCGUGGUGCAGUUUUUAGAAAAGGACAGCACUCUAACUGAGCCGGUACGCCAAAUAAAAUCUGCUAGAAUAAUUUCAUGCUUUACUGCUCGCUGAAUGUUUAUCAACAGUGGCGCUCGUUUUUCCCCCUCCGCAGGUGGUAAUGGCUCUACUAAAGUACUGGCCAAAGACACACAGUCCCAAGGAAGUGAUGUUCCUGAACGAGCUGGAGGAGAUCCUGGACGUCAUCGAGCCCUCAGAGUUCGUUAAAGUACAAGAGCCUCUUUUCAGACAGCUCGCCAAGUGUGUAUCCAGCCCACACUUCCAGGUAACCGAAGAGCCGUCACAUUUGUGCAGUCACAGCUACAACAAGUUAGCUUUCAUCUCACUGCGAGUGGCUCUGUAUGUUUCCUGUAGGUGGCAGAGAGAGCUCUGUACUAUUGGAACAACGAGUACAUCAUGAGCUUGAUCAGCGACAACGCGGCGAAAAUUCUGCCCAUCAUGUUCCCCGCUCUGUACCGCAACUCGAAGACUCACUGGAACAAGUAAGAAACUCGAAUGUGGUUUGUCCUCGAGCUCUGCACUUCACACAGCAUGUAACACCAGACUGACACAAUAACUGCCAGUAUCUCUCGAGUGUAUGAGACUCCAGCCUUGUCACAGAAUGUACUCUCCUGUAGAUCAGAAUCACUCGAUCAUAAAGAAUCUCUCAAUGGCUGCCUACCUUUCAACGCGUACUUUGUUUAUUUACACAAAGACAACGCAAAGGAGUGCUGGAACAUUGAGCUACCUCAAUUCCUCUCAUAUAUGUACAUUGCACAAUAGAUCAGCUGACAGCUAAAAAAAAACAAACUGCCCGUCACAUUUCUUCAGCUGAUCUUAACUUUGAUAACUAACAGUCUCCAACGAACACGAACUCCGACUAUCCUCCGUGCAGAUUUAGGGGAAGAAAAAUCACUUUUAACACACCUCACACCUCCGGAUAAUCUUGGGAACCAUUUGAUAAUCAAGUUUUGUUGGAAGAGGGGCUGAAAAUAGUCCUGAAUAUCCUGCAGUGUGUAGGAGUUGUCAGCUGACUGUGAUCCUAUACCAGUGGAAAUGCCCUAAAGAUGGUGUGAUAUUACGGUUGCAUAGCCUUUUCUUGUAAAAAAAAAUAAAAAUGUACACAGAGAAAUUACAAAUAAAUCUACAGUUUCCUCUAGAGAAGAUGUUCCUCUUAUAUUUGCAGCUGAUUUUAACAUGAAAAUGGGAAAUUCAGUCUCUACCAGCUGUAAUUACAGGGUCCGUUUGUUGUCGUGAGGAGGGAAUAAAAGCUGCUGUAACAGAGCAGCACAGAAAAAAUUGAUUUCUGGCGAAACAAGCAGGUUUUUUCAGGGGUAAUAAAUUAAGAGAUUGGAUCAUUGCAUUGACUGGUCUACUAGCCUGUACAGGGUCCUGCAUUUUAGUGGAGAUUAGAGAGGGGGCUAAUGGUAAACCUUCUGGAGCAUGCAAGUGUCCUCCUUCAAAGUUAAAGUUAUGAUAGAGCUGUAAACUUUGGCUGUCAGUCAUGAUGCCUCUUGAUUUAAUUCAUAAAUGUCUGCUUAUGUGUGUGUGUUCCAAGGACCAUCCACGGCCUCAUCUACAACGCUCUGAAGCUUUUCAUGGAGAUGAACCAGAAGCUUUUUGAUGAUUGCACACAGCAGUUCAGGGCGGAGAAAAACAAGUGAGCUCAAACUCCCUUACUGCCUCGCUUGAUCUGUUCCAAAAGGAGGUCUAUGUGACAGUCAGCCCUAAAUACUCCUUAUAAUUAAGUCGAGCAUGUUCAUGACGUUAGGAUUGGUGCUUUGUCCAACAGAGAGAAGGCGAAGUCAAAAGAACGUGAGGAGGCGUGGAUAAAGAUCGAAAACCUGGCCAAGUCGAAUCCACAGGUCAGCGAUGGCUGCAUCAAUUCAAACACGCAUGUUUCCCCCCUCAUUACUACUAAAGUGUGUCUGUUUGUAACUAAUACAAUGAAAUGAGUGUCUUUAGUUUCGUAGUUGACUUGCAGUCCAUUUUUCCAUCUUAUCCCAUUUUGAGUUUGCUAAGACUGUGUGCUCAUGCUGUCACUGUGUAGUUUUAUUGUUUUUCCCUAAUAAAACUAAAGAUGGAAUGAUCUAAAGUUGGCGCCCCGCUCUGACAAUGUGCUUAGAUGUGGUGGGUGGUGAAAUCGGACAUCUCUUCAUAAAUCAAGUGAUCCCUCAGAGAUAUUAAAACGGUUAAAUUUGACCCUUAAAGGCUACAUUUGGCAUCAACUGUAGUAAAAAUUUUUACUAAUCAAUUCAAAUGCCUGUUUGGUUCUCCUGAAGCUAAUGUCAUAGUUGUUAGCUUAGCUUUCGCACAGUGAAUGGAUUGAAGAGGAAGCAGCCAUCCUGUGUCAAUCAGGACGUUUAUAAAUUCCAGGAAUAUCUCCAACCAAACACUCCCUUAUAAAAACAGGGCAAAUGAUAUUCUGGUGAGAUAAUGUUUUACCUGCCAAGCUCUACAGGUGUUGCCUAACACGGUUUCUGCCUGUUAAAAGGAGGUUUUUCCUUGUCACUGUCAUUCAUGUUAGAUGAGAUAGGUUAAAUCUGUCCCAUCUCGAGGUUGGGGCUUGGUGAUUCAUCAAUGAGUGUGGUCUCGACCUGCUCCUUUUUUUUUUUGGAAAGUGUCUUAGGAUACCGUCUGUUGUGAUUUGGCGCUAUAUAAAUAAAAUUGGAUUUGAUUUUGAUUUGAUUUAACAGUGUUCACAAUGGCUGCUCCCAGUUUGUCCAUUCUUUGUGCUAAUCUAAGCUGACUGCCUGCUUUAAGUGAAGCACACAGAGUUUGUACGUGACAAAUAUUGGUGAUUUAUUUAAAUCUCACUAAGAUGGAACAUCACUGUCUAGCAUUUUUAAUAUAACUUCCAAAAGAAAACCACAGUACCUCUUCAGCGUACCUCUGAAAGUCAUUUGAUGGAGAUGCUGCGUUGAAUCUUAAUAAGCCAAUCAGAGAAUCCUCUCAGUGAUCUUGAUCCCCACACCACAACUAAUGCAUGUUAAACUGAUGACUGCAGUAGUUGUAGAUUUGCUCCUUGAAAUCAGUUCAGAGCCUGAUUCAUUCUUCUUUGCAUGCAACUGAAAGUCUUUUCUCCAUCCCUUUGUGUUUUGUUUUUGUUUUUGUUUUUGUUUCCCUUUGUUUUCAACAUAGUUCUCUAUGUAUGUUGAUUCCUCUGACCUCAAUAGUCCUGUAGCAAUGGAGACGGAUAUCCCUUUGAUAGAAGAUGUUCAGAGGUUAAAAAAGACAGUUGAGGAGGGCGCGACUCAGGUAAACCUGGCUUUCUCUCUGUCUCUUUUCAUCUUUCCAUUAUACAUUCAUAGAUGUGUUAACUAAGGAAAGAGCUACAUAAAUAGUUACUGUUGACCUUUAGUCUGAGUAAAGUAGUCUUAAAGGGUCUUGUUUUAUGUCUUGUUUCUGAUUUGUGAUUAAAACAAACCUACUUAAUAAAACAAUGUGGCCAUGGACUAAAAGACCGGAAUCAUGGGCUCUACAUUAGGGCUGAACGAUUAAUUGCAUUUGCGAUCACAUCGCGGUAUGAUAAAACGCAAUUUUCUAACCGCAAAGGAUGCGAUUUUGACUGGUCACGUGUUUACAAGCGAACGGAGCAGCAGGACAGUUGUUUGGAUUUAUUUUGGCAAGAAAAGAUGCCGCAGCGCAAUGUGUGCAGAACCUUUAGUGCUACUGUUGCUACAACACAACGAACUUUAAUCAACACUUAAAAAAAACAACAAAGCCAUGUACAUUUGUUGAAUGGCGAAAACACCAGCACUUCAACUUCAAACCGCGUCUGCGUAACAAUGUGAAAACGUGGCCAAUACGGUUUUGGAAUAGACCCGACUCCAGUUUUUUGGGCACCGAUUACAUCUCGCCAUCGGUACAUUGAUUAGUAUCAUGACGUAUAUGAUGGCGUGCGCAGUAGUGUGUCUGUCUGUGAAAUGAUAAUUGCCUGAAAGAAGAAUUGAUGUAUAAUUACUCUGAUAUCGUUUACUAUAUUACAGAUUGAUUUAUUGUUUGUGUAAAUCGCAUAUUAAAUCGCAAUUGCAAUAUUGAGGAAAACAAUCGCUAUUAGAUUAUUUUCCAAAAUCGUUCAGCCCUAGUCUACACGCAUAUUUUAUUUAGUGGUAUGCAUCCUUAAAGUGUUCAAUAUUGUGAAUGAACCAGACUGAUUUAAGUUAAACGAAUCGACCACUAGAUCAAAGUACCCGAUAAGGAUGUCUCUUCAACUCAAAUAUUGUACACUUUUAGGCUCCAUACAGUUAUUACAGUACACUUGAUGUAUUUGUUUUUGUGGUGCACCAUGUUUUCACUCUCAGUUAAUGACAUUUCUGUGUAACUGCAUGUCGCCGGGGCCGUUGUGCUUCAUCUCAGAGAUAGGAUCAGCACAGAUCCUGUUGCUGUAUCAUGUUUGAUAGGGAGGGAUGAUAUGAGAAGUCGUCGUCAAGCCUGACUCCUUAUCUAUGCCCAUCUCAGUUGCAGCAUGACCAUCGGAAAGAGCGGCCUAUGGUGCGACGCAAAUCUGAGUUGCCUCAGGAUAUCUACACCACAAAAGCCUUGGAGUCCCACCGCAGAGCUGAAGACAUGUUGACCACCCACGAUGGACUCUAG